AGGUUGUCAACUCAACCGCAUUCGUACGGCGACAGUUGUUUCAUUUACAUUAGAAAUGUACAUUCAAUUAACUAUGCGGAUUAUUUUGGCGCUCGUACUAAGCCAAGGCGCGAAUCCUGUGCGUUCAGACAUUGCAGAUUUGGGACACUAUUCGCAAACGCUAGUCGAUUCGAUUCUGGAUAUCUAUGCAGGCAACGGCAGCAGCAGCAGCAGACACACAGUGGACCCGGAUAAUAGCAAAGAAGAUUUGGAGACGACGCCCAUUGUGCCCACAUUUAUCUACCCGUAUCUGUUGCUGGCGCUGUGGGUAGCAUGCAUAAGCUGCAUCAUUUGCUGUUGUUUAUAUUGCAAGUGCCAGCAGGCGGAUAGCAUGACGGCUUACAACUCCAACUCCUUUGAGCUACAGGAAGUGCAUGUUCUGGAUCAUCCGCUGCCGCAUGUCAAGGGCUGCGUUUGCCUCGGCUGCCUGCAGCGGCAGGUUGCCAAGGAGCUGCAGCUAAAACGCGAACAAUAA